UCAGUGUAGUUAGGUCACACACCGACACAAAUCGUGCGUAAUUUUCAUUUAUUUUGCUCCGCUUUCCUUCGCUGUUUUCACACCCACUAUCGGCAAAAAUAAAUCCAGGAAUUGGGCCCAAACAUUGGCCAACACAUUGUGUGCGUUCGCGGGCAUAGCUAACCGAUUUAGGCCGCUCUUUUGGCCCCGAUAAAGGCGACGACGUCAGUAGGCGACGCGACUGGCGUCAGGUGAAAAAAGUCGAAAGAAAAACUAAUAAUUGAAAAUUAAACGGGAACAGCGAAAUUAAACGAAAUUUGCAACUGUGAAAACGCUCGAAAGCGUGGAGAGUUGCAUUUGAAAAAAGUAUGAGCACAACCGCCGCCAGUCUCAUUGAGGCGGCUAUUAAUGCCAGCAGUGUCAACGCCACAGCUACGACUUUGGGAUCGCUAGAGACCACAGGAAAGACGAACUUCGUGGUGCAGGUGAAGAACGCCCAGAUGAGCACGCCGCUGGAACCGCUGCUCCACGUGGGCGAUGGCAUCUUCCUGCAGACAAAGACCGCCCAGGUUCUCGCCGGAGUUUGUGUUUGGGCUGCCUUGUUCAUCACCUGUCAACAGAUCUACCAGCACCUGCGCUGGUACACGAAUCCGCAGGAGCAGCGCUGGAUCGUGCGCAUCCUGUUCAUCGUACCCAUCUACGCCACCUACUCCUGGAUCAGUCUGCUCUUCUUCAACUCGGACAAUGUCUACAUCUACUUCUUCACAGUGCGCGACUGCUACGAAGCCUUUGUCAUCUACAACUUCUUGUCGCUGUGCUAUGAGUACCUGGGCGGUGAGGGCAAUAUAAUGUCGGAGAUUCGCGGCAAGCCCAUCAAGACCUCGUGUUUGUAUGGCACCUGUUGUCUGAAGGGCAAGACCUACACGAUUGGCUUCCUGCGCUUCUGUAAACAGGCCACUCUGCAGUUCUGCCUGGUGAAACCGCUGGUGGCCUUCAUAAUCAUCUUUUUGCAGGCCUUUGGCCACUACCACGAUGGUGAUUGGAGUGCUGAUGGCGGUUACAUUUAUAUCACGAUUAUCUACAACAUCUCCGUAUCUCUCGCGUUAUAUGGCCUCUAUCUGUUCUACUUUGCCACUCGUGAUCUGCUAACUCCAUUCGAGCCCGUCCUGAAGUUCUGCACCAUCAAGUCGGUCAUCUUCUUGUCCUUCUGGCAGGGCGUGGGAUUGGCCAUCCUGGAGAAGGCCAAUGUUAUCUCGCCCAUCGUGGACAGUGCAGGCGCUGUCACCGUGGAACCUGGUACCGUGUCCGCCGGAUACCAGAACUUCUUCAUCUGCAUCGAAAUGCUGUUCGCCGCCAUCGCGCUACGUUAUGCAUUCCCCUAUCAGGUCUACGCACGCAGCUGCAUCAGCGAUGGUCAUGGACGAUCUGUCACAAUGCAGUCAAUUUCCAGCAGUCUUAAGGAAACGAUGAAUCCCAAGGAUAUAAUGACAGAUGCUAUACACAACUUCCAUCCGCAGUACCAGCAGUACACUCAGUACAGCUCAGGUGGCAAGAGCUCGCGCGGCAUUCGCGUCUCCAGCUAUGAUCCGGAUGAUCCGAGCUCGGGAGCUGGAACAGGAUCCAUGCAGGCUUCUCAGCCCACCAGCGGGGGAUACAAUGCGGUGGCCACUGGACCAGGAUCCGGUGGAAACGGCGGCAGCAACUGCAUGGCCUCAAAGACGCUAGGCAACCAGAGGAAGUUCCAGCCCGGCGGUCAGCGAGUCGCGACCAUCAGCCAGAACUACAACGAGAAGACCAUGCUGCUGAGCAGCGACGAUGAGUACCAGUAGAGCGGGUACCCAGAAGAGGAUGGGGAUGGUUAUCCCCCAUUUAUUGUUAACAAAAUUCAGUCUUUCGUUCGGAUCCGAUUCGAUGGGUUUCGUUUCGUUUAUCCAGUUUGCUGAUUCUGUCGCUUGUACAAUAAUCUUAAGUAGCCGAGCAGCAUAGAACAUCACAACCUAUUAGGCAAUUAAAGAGAACUCAUUGAUGUAUCUUGUAUAUUUCAAUGUGUGGAUGGGGGAUGUAAUCUAUAGAAUUCGUAGAUAUUCUUUUCAAGAAAUUAAGCAUCUAAAAUAAGAGUACGAUUUAAUUUUCAAAAGUUUUAUUGGUUAACAUAUGUAUUUGUUUAAUAUUUCAUUUUAUAAUUGAGUUUUGUCAAAAGAAAUUAUCAAUAUAGGCCAAAUAAUACUUUAUAGAUUACUCGUUCCAUCCACGAUCGACUAUCCUAUCGCAUAUUCCCAUAUAUAUGUAGGGUACGACUUAAUCUUCGCAAAGAUAUUUUGUAUUUUUACACCGCAUAUGUAAUUUGAUUCGCUUCGAUUCCAUUUCUCUUGUGUAAAUUUGUCAGACAAUUUAAUUGUAAAGCGAACCAAAAACUGAAUAGAAAUCAAAAAUAGCAACACCGAACUGCAACAGCACUUCUUGCGUCUCACGAACCGUCUACAGGCUGCUUCUACAAUAAUUACUGGCGGAGAAGCUGAGGAAAAUCUACACAGAAAUAUAUUUAUAAGCAAAGGCUAAUUUUUAAAGCAAACUUAAAACAAUACAUAGCUAACUUAGAGCGAAUUGAAUGAAUGAAUGAGACCAGGUCCAGAGCCCAGAUUCCAGAUAUAAGACCCUUUCCGGACUCGAAAUGUAUAAACGAAUUUUACCCUGUACAGAGAAAAUGAAGAAUUCCACAAUUGGCCACUACCCAAAAGCAGUCGAGAGCAGUAUUUUGAUAUUUAGCCAGGCUUCCCAUCAAUUUACUUGUGUGUCUGGACCAACGCAGUGAGCGGCGCCGGAAAAACCAUAGGAAAAGUCAAAUUAUGUAUAAUUAUCGGAAGUGAAGUAACGGAAAACCAAAGCAGAAACGUUUUUAUGUACAUUUUUUCGUUAAUAAUAUGAAAUGAGAAUAAAGUAAAUGUCAUAAAGUACUCAAAUUUAAUUUAUGUAUAUAUUAAUUGCAGUGUUUUUCUUGAAUUGGGAAUAUAAUGUCAGAUAGUAAACUAAAAAAAAACUAUUUUAUUAAUAAAAGCAAAUUUAAGCCCGA